AUGGGUAAAGGAAAGCCUCGUGGUCUUAACGCAGCGCGCAAGCUCCGGAACAACCGCCGUGAGCAGCGUUGGUCCGAUCUUGCCUACAAGAAGCGUGCCCUGGGUACCGCUUUCAAGUCGUCUCCGUUCGGUGGCUCUUCCCACGCCAAGGGCAUUGUUCUGGAGAAGGUCGGUGUUGAGGCCAAGCAGCCCAACUCGGCUAUUCGCAAGUGUGUCCGUGUCCAGCUCAUCAAGAACGGCAAGAAAGUCACUGCUUUCGUCCCCAACGACGGUUGCUUGAACUUCGUGGACGAGAACGACGAGGUUCUCCUGGCUGGUUUCGGUCGCAAGGGCAAGGCCAAGGGUGAUAUUCCCGGUGUGCGUUUCAAGGUCGUCAAGGUGUCCGGUGUCGGUCUGCUGGCCCUGUGGAAGGAGAAGAAGGAGAAGCCAAGAUCGUAA